AUGUCCCACCUCACCCGCCGAAUCCUCCCGAACUCCCUCUCCUCCCUCCGCAAACCAUGCAUCGCCAGAUCACCAACAACACGCCUCUUAACCACCACUACCUCGGUCCAGAAAUGGAAGGGCAGCACUGGAAAAGACCAUAUCACCAACGGGGCUGAUAGCCACAAUGUACAGCAAGACGCGGUAAUGGCGGGGAAGAAGGAACGUGGGGAGGUAGAUAGGUCGAGGGGAAUAAGUGAGCAGAGUGGAGGCUCGAAUCAGAAAGCGAGGCAGGAGUUUCCUGAGGCGCCAGAUACAGUUGGAAUGCAGGAUGAGAGGGGGCAGAAGAAAGGAGAUGCGUGA